ACAGACUACACACUACAAACUACAGACUACAAACCAUAAACUACAGGCUACAAACCAUAAACUACACAUUACAGACUACAAACUACAGACUAUAAACCAUAAACUACAGACUUCAAACCAUAAACUACAGACUACAAACCAUAAACUACACACUACAAACCAUAAACUACAAACUACAGACUACAAACCAUAAACUACAAAUUACAGACUACAAACUACAGACUAUAAACCAUAAACUACAGACUACAAAUCAUAAACUACAAACUACAGACUACAAACUAUAAACUACAAUAUAGACUACAAACCAUAAAUUACAAAUUACAGACUACAAACCAUAAACUACAAACUAUAAACUACAAACUACAGACUUCAAACCAUAAACUACAAACUACAAACCAUAAACUACAAACUACAGAUUAUAAUCUACAGACUACAAACGACAGAUUAUAAUCUACAGACUACAAACCAUAAACUACAAACUACAGAUUAUAAUCUACAGACUACAAAGUACAGAUUUUAAUCUACAGACUACAAACCAUAAACUACAAACUACAGAUUAUAAUCUACAAACUACAGAUUAUAAAUUGCAAACUACAGACUAUAAACUGUAAACUACAGACUAUAAACUACAGGCUACAAACGUUGGGUCCCCGUUGGUCUGUUCUGUCUGGGUCAUGUGGAUGUUGCGUUUGAGGUCGGCGUGGAAACCACAGAACCUUCUUCUUCCUGUUUUCUCAGCGCUCAUUACAUGAACAAAGCCCGAGCAGACAUCAUGUAGAACCGUUCCCUGCAGGGGGUCGUACACAAAGCAGGGAAGCAGCGCGAGCGAUGCCGUUAACUUCAAACAGAGAUAUGUGCAUUGAUAACAUCCUGUCUGCUUUUGAACGACAUCCUGCGUGCAUGCGACCUCACAGCCGGCUGAAUGAGGCUGUUGUUGCAGCGCCGGCCAAUCACUUUCUCCCGCCUGACUGAUUGCGGGUGGUGUUUGGGGGGCGAGGCUUGGCAGGGACACAGAUCUCCUCUCAGUCUGUUGUUGAAUGUACGAAGGGCUUCUUCCGAGUUUCUGCUGGAGCUGGCAGCCCGUGCAGGAUAUUCCCUGGAAGGACUCAUGGCCCGGUGAGGACGCCCCCCCAACCCCCCCAAUGCCUCCACGCCCAGCAAGGGAGGUAAAGAGUGGGACCAACAGGAGACCCUGAGAGUCUGAACGCCACCAUCAUGGACCCAAGCAUUCACACUCUGGAGCUGUUGGGGGUCUUGCUUUCAGCUGGGGCCUGGUUCUGCUCGCUGGCCACCACCCUGAUGUCCACCUGGCUGACCCUAUCCACCGACCUGCUGCCCACAGAGAGCUAUGAGCGGGGGCUGUGGGAGACCUGUGUGGUGCAGGAGCAUGGGACGUUGGAGUGCCGGCCCUACGACAGCCUCCUCGGCCUUCCCUCAGAAAUCAAACUGGCCCGGAUCCUCAUGUGUGUGACGCUGGCCACGGGACUGCUCGGACUCCUGCUGGCGGUCCCCGGCAUGCAUAUGGUCAACAGCUGCCACGACCGCUUGGAGGACUUCUGGUGCAAGAGGGCGAUGAAGAUGGCAGGGGGGACGCUUUGCCUGGUUGCCGGGAUCCUGGGGCUCAUCCCGGUCUCGUACAUAGCUCACAUCGCGGUCAUACAGUUCUUUGACGAGUCGGUGCCGGAGGUUUUGCCGCGGUGGGAGUUCGGGGACGCUCUGUUCUGUGGCUGGACGGCGGGAGUUCUUCACCUGGUGGGGGGAACUCUGCUGCUGGCGUCCUGUUUGUGUCUGCAGAAGGAGAGCUGUACCACACCUGUUCCCAUCCCUCUGGUGAGGAUGCAGCCAGGACGGCCCUCAGCCAGGACCAAGUUUGAGUACGUCUGAGACUUCCCAUCAGGGGCUGCACAUCGACUGUGGUGUGUCUGAUUCCGGUCGUGAUCGCAGAGUUUUUAAAGCUAAGAUUCAAAGUCUGAAAAGAAAUGUUUUAUUUUGGUUUGUCCACCGUUUUACCAAAACUCUUCUCAGGCUGCUUGUUAAAGGAAAGUGAAAAAAAUAUGAAAUGUUUGAAACAAAGUCAGAAAACAGAAAAAAAAACAUUUUGAUAGAAUUUGAACCUCAAAACUGAAAUUAUUUCACAAGUUUACUACCUGUUAUAUAUAACAUAUAUAUCAACCCAAGAUAAAUAUUAAUGUAUAUAAAUCUGUACAAAUCUGAACCUGCUCUCAGUUCAAUCAUUCAGAAGUUUUUAUGGAACCAAAGAGACAAAACGUGCUGCUGUUUCCUGUUUGUGCAAUAAGAGUGAACCUGACUUCAAACGAGCAUCACUGAUUUUAAAAAAAACGUUUGAUUUCUGACCUGAGAAAAAAUGUAUUGAUCAUAAAUUAUGAAAAAUGAUCAAUGAAAAGAGAUGAAAACUCUUCAGAUGUAGCGAAAAUGAUAAUUAAGUAUUAUUGAUGAAUAUUAAUUAUCGAUUGACCAUUGAUGAUUCUGAUGCUUUGAAUGAACGUGUGAAUAUCAUCAGCAGACGACUGUUUGUCAAUAAA